GAAGCUCAUUGAAAAAUGGUCCUGGAGACCCUGAACCCAAUGCACUACAACAUCACCAGCCUGGUACCAGACACGAUGCCUGUGGCCACCGUGCCCAUACUCAUCCUCAUGUGCUUUCUCUUUCUCAUAUGGAAUCAUGAAGAGACUUCAUCAAUACCAGGGCCAGGAUACUGUAUGGGAAUUGGUCCCCUCAUCUCUCAUGGCAGAUUUCUCUGGAUGGGAGUAGGGAAUGCCUGCAACUACUACAAUAAGACAUAUGGAGAAUUUGUGAGAGUUUGGAUCGGCGGUGAAGAAACGUUUAUAAUUAGCAAAUCCUCCAGUGUGUUCCAUGUAAUGAAGCACUGGCAUUACGUGUCUCGGUUUGGGAGCAAGCUUGGAUUGCAGUGCAUUGGCAUGUAUGAAAAUGGGAUCAUAUUUAACAACAACCCAGCUCACUGGAAAGAAAUUCGACCCUUUUUCACCAAAGCUCUGUCUGGCCCCGGGCUGGUGCGGAUGAUCGCGAUCUGCGUGGAGUCAACCAUCGAGCACCUGGAGCAGCUGCAGGAGGAAACCACGGAGCUGGGCAACAUCAACGUGCUCAACCUCAUGAGGAGGAUCAUGCUCGACACUUCCAACAAGCUCUUCCUUGGGGUCCCUCUGGAUGAAAAUGCCAUUGUGCUUAAGAUUCAAAACUACUUUGAUGCUUGGCAAGCACUUCUAUUAAAGCCUGACAUAUUUUUUAAGAUUUCUUGGCUGUGCAAGAAGUACAAAGACGCAGUCAAGGAUCUUAAAGGAGCAAUGGAAACUUUAAUAGAACAGAAACGACAAAAGCUUUCCACUGUGGAAAAGUUGGAUGAACACAUGGAUUUUGCAUCCCAGUUGAUUUUUGCACAGAACAGAGGGGAUCUGACUGCUGAGAAUGUGAACCAGUGUGUGCUGGAGAUGAUGAUUGCUGCUCCUGACACUCUGUCUGUGACUCUCUUCUUUAUGCUAAUCCUGAUUGCAGAGCACCCCACAGUGGAAGAGGAGAUGAUGAGAGAAAUUGAAACUGUUGUGGGCAACAGAGACAUCCAAAGCGAUGACAUGCCAAACUUGAAAACUGUGGAGAAUUUUAUUUAUGAGAGCAUGAGAUACCAGCCAGUGGUGGACCUGAUCAUGAGGAAAGCGCUACAGGACGAUGUCAUUGAUGGCUACCCCGUGAAAAAGGGCACAAACAUCAUCCUCAACAUCGGCCGCAUGCACAAACUCGAAUUCUUCCCAAAGCCAAACGAGUUCUCUCUUGAAAAUUUUGAGAAAAAUGUUCCUUCCCGCUAUUUCCAGCCCUUCGGGUUCGGCCCCCGGAGCUGUGUGGGGAAGUUCAUUGCCAUGGUCAUGAUGAAGGCAAUCCUAGUGACUCUCCUGCGGCGCUGCAGAGUGCAGACAGUGAAAGGAAGAGGCCUGAACAACAUCCAGAAAAACAAUGACUUAUCCAUGCACCCCAUAGAGAGGCAGCCUCUGCUGGAGAUGGUUUUCACACCCAGAAGAAAUGCGGACGAGAGUCAGGGUGAUAGAAUGGAUCAGCACUAAAGUUACAGGAUUUUCUCAACCUCCAAGAAAUAGUCAUCAUUCCUAGUUAAGUACAGAAAGUAAAAUGUUUUGUUGCCCCUAAAUGACUUCAGGUGACACCUUGUUCUGCCUGUACAGCAGAACCAAAGGCCAGAAUUGGAAAGACUAAAAGUACAGGAAAGUUCUGUUGUAGAUGAAGCCAUGCUAUACAAUUCCUGAUUAUUUUUUAAAACAUAGAGUUCAGACAAAAGUUAUGCCUUCCCUUUCAAACACUGCCAGUUCAGAGGUUUGAGGGUCAACAAACCAACAUACCUGAUGUGUGCUUAAUUCCCUUUUCUCCCACCUCCCUGAAGCUGGACCUAGCAAUAUUUGACCACAAUUAUCUGUUUCCAAAACAGCUGAAUGAAUAAUAUUAGUUCAUUUCAAGACUAAGAAACUAUUUAAAGUAUUCAAGAUGUCUAUAAGUUGUAAAAAAAAAAAUGUUUGAACAAGUCAUUCAAACAUUUUUUCUUUACCAUGUUUUGCUGUCCUGUUAAACAGAUACCAAAGAUUUACAGUGUCACACAGAUUUUACCAAUAGCAGUAAUUUUCAGAGUACUAGAUAAUAAUAAUGAUAGUUGAGGUAACUAUUCUAUAUUUUUAAAACCCAAUUUCCCACUGCAGGGGACCUGUAAACAUCUUAAUGAAGGCCAGGUGAGAAUGAGCUGAUGAGCACCAAACAUUGCCACCAGCACUACAUGGGUGGGUGACUUUCAGCCCCACCUCCUCACCUGACUGAAUACAGAAAUUUCCCACCUCCCCUCAGCUUGAGUGAAGAAGGUCAAAUUCCCUUUAAGCUGCCUAAGGUGUGCCAAAUCAUUUUUUGACCUGGUUUUAGUUGCUCAAUUCCACUUCAGAGAGUAAGAUUUGGAGUUGUUGCCCACGUUCCCACACCACAGUAGGAGACAGUGUCCCUUCCUCAUGAUCCAAACAACUCCUGGUGCUCCUUCUGCAAGAGCUCUGGGCUGUGUCCUGCUCUCCAGCAUCUUGCUCCAUGCCCACUGAUGUACAAAGGUUCUGAGCUUAUAAACACUUUCACAAGAGGCAGAUUUCACUGGGCAAGUGCCCAGAGUUUGGUAGUGACAAAGGAGAGAAGUUCUGAACUAUCAAGCAGAUUU